AUGGUCCUGGUGCACGUCGGCUACCUGGUGCUGCCCGUCUUCGGCUCCGUGCGCAACAGAGGUGCUCCUUUUCAAAGGUCUCAGCAUCCCCAUGCUACCUCCUGCCGGCACUUCCACCUGGGUCCCCAGCCUCAGCUCUCCACCGACUUCACCCUGCCUCACACGGUGCAGCCCCAGCCGGGGCUGACGCCCCACAUGGCCCCCGCGCACCAGCACAGCGGCCCCCUGCACCAGCCCCUGGCACCGGUGCCAGCCCUGCCCUUCCAGGACGUGGCCGGACCCUCCUUCCUACCUCAGGCGCUUCACCAGCAAUACCUCCUCCAGCAGCAGCUCCUCGAGGCACAGCACCGCCGGCUCAUGCCCCAUCCCAGGCGGGCUCAAGAGCGCAUGUCCGUUCAGCCUCACCGGCUACACCCCAGCUUUGACUUCAGCCACCAACUGCAAACUCCACAACCCAUGGGGCCCCAGCCCAGGUAUUUAGCUGAAGGCACGGACUGGGACCUCAGUGUCGAUGCGGGACUGACUCACGCCCAGUUCCAGGUCCGGCCGGUCCCUCAGCCCUAUCAGCAUUACUUAGCUACACCUCGGAUGCACCACUUCCCCAGAAGCACAUCCUCGACACAGAUGGUUGUUCACGAAAUCAGAAAUUACCCUUAUCCGCAGCUUCAGUUACUUGCUCUUCAGGGACUGAACCCCAGCAGGCACACGUCCGCUGUGCGGGAGAGCUAUGAAGAGCUGCUGCAGCUGGAGGACAGGCUGGGCAGCGUGAGCCGAGGUGCCGUCCAGAACACCAUCGAGAGGUUCACCUUCCCCCACAAGUACAAGAAGAGAAGACCGCAGGAGGGCAAAGCUGAGCAAGAGGAUGGAGAGGAGUCGGACACCGACGAGAAAUGCACAAUCUGUCUGUCCAUGCUUGAAGACGGAGAAGACGUCAGGCGGUUGCCCUGUAUGCAUCUCUUCCACCAAGUGUGCGUGGACCAGUGGCUGGCCACCAGCAAGAAGUGCCCGAUCUGCAGGGUGGACAUUGAAACACAGCUCGGCUCGGACAGCUGA